AUGGCCCAAUUCGUCAGAUAUGCCUCCACUAAGUAUGAUGUCGUAGUUAUUGGAGGUGGUCCAGGAGGCUACGUCGCUGCCAUCAAAGCCGCCCAACUCGGUUACAACACUGCUUGUAUCGAGAAGAGAGGUGCAUUGGGAGGUACUUGUUUGAAUGUCGGAUGUAUUCCCUCGAAGUCUCUUUUGAACAACUCCCAUUUGUAUCAUCAAAUCAAGCACGAUUCUGAAAACCGAGGCAUUGCCAUUGAUGGUGAGGUUUCUGUCAACUUUCCAAAGUUAAUGGAAGCUAAAGAGAAAGCCGUCAAGCAAUUGACCGGCGGUAUUGAGAUGUUGUUCAAGAAGAAUAAGGUUACCUAUAUCAAGGGAUCGGGAGCUUUCGUAGAUGAGAAGAAGGUUAGCGUCACACCAAUUGAUGGUUCGGAAGAAUUAGAACUUGAAGCCGACCACUUCAUUGUCGCUACCGGUUCUGAGCCUACUCCAUUCCCUGGAAUUACUAUCGACGAAGAAAGAAUCGUCACUUCUACCGGUGUCUUGGCCUUGAAGGAAAUCCCUAAGAGAUUGUCCAUCAUCGGAGGUGGUAUCAUUGGUUUGGAAAUGGCUUCUGUCUACUCUAGACUCGGUUCCGAAGUCACUGUGAUCGAGUUCCAGAACGCUAUUGGUGCUGGUAUGGAUGCUGAAGUCGCCAAGACGUCCCAGAAGUUGUUGGCCAAGCAAGGUUUGAAGUUCAAGUUGGGCACGAAGGUCGUGUCUGGUGUCAGAGAUGGCGAAGUCGUUAAGAUCGAAGUGGAAGACGUCAAGUCAGGCAAGAAGGAAGACUUGGAAGCCGAUGUUUUGUUAGUUGCUAUUGGCAGAAGACCAUAUACCGAAGGUUUAGCUCUCGAAAAGGCCGGUUUGGAACUCGACAACAAGGGUAGAUUGGUGAUCGACUCUCAGUACAGAACUAAGCACGACCACAUUAGAGUCAUUGGUGACGUUACCUUCGGCCCAAUGUUGGCCCAUAAGGCUGAAGAAGAAGGCAUUGCUGCUGCCGAAUACAUCAAGCACGGCCACGGCCAUGUUAACUACGGCAACAUCCCCUCCGUCAUGUACACUCACCCGGAAGUCGCCUGGGUCGGUCUCAACGAAGAACAAUUGAAGGAACAGGGCAUUAAGUACAAGGUUGGUAAGUUCCCAUUCAUUGCCAACUCCAGAGCUAAAACCAACUUGGAUACCGACGGCUUUGUCAAAUUUCUUGCCGAUGCCGAGACUCAAAGAGUAUUGGGUGUUCACAUAGUUGGUCCAAACGCCGGGGAAAUGAUUGCUGAAGCCGGUUUGGCCUUAGAAUAUGGUGCCUCUACUGAAGACAUCGCCAGAACAUGCCAUGCCCACCCAACUUUGUCUGAAGCCUUCAAGGAAGCUGCCUUGUCCACUUUCGACAAACCUAUCAACUUCUGA